UCAGAGUUGAAAAAGUCACUGCACGCGAUCUUCUCGCAGUUUGGCUCCAUUGUGGACAUCCACGCAAAGAAGACGCUAAAGAUGCGCGGCCAGGCGUUUGUCAUCUUCAAGGACAUUUCCAGCGCCAACAAUGCCAUCCGGUCGAUGCAGGGCUUUCCCUUCUACGACAAGCCCAUGACAAUUCAAUUUGCCAAGGCCGACUCUGAUGCCAUCUCAAAGAUGAAGGGCACCUACACAGAACGGCCAAAGUUGCCUCGCAGCGAUGAGCCAAAGAAGAAGAAGAAGGAAAAACGACCCAACCCCAGCAACAACGGUGGCCUCAAUGCUGCCGGUAUUCCACACUCUGCUUUAGUGGAGCAGCCGCCUCAUCACAUUCUCUUCCUUACCAACCUACCGCCGGAGACGAAUGAUCAGAUGGUCCAGGUUCUCUUUGCACAGUUUCACGGUUUCAAGGAGGUACGUCUCGUUCCCGGUCGACAUGAUAUUGCUUUUGUUGAGUUCGACACCGAGUACCACUCGGCGGCGGCAAAGGAUGCUCUACAAGGCUUCAAGGUAUCUCCGACUCAUGCUAUGAAGAUUACCUUUGCAAAGAAGUAA